UCCCCUUCCCCUUUCCUUAACCCCACCGGCCCUCCUUACCUUUUCCCAACCCUUCUACCUCUUCAUUUUAACCUAGGAACUGACAGCGUUAGUGACCGUAGUACAGGUGCAUUAGACCGUUCUGUGGAAGUCUGUAAUGUUUAACUGCUGAUGUCGCUGUCGCCACCUUUCGGUUUGGGUUACCUGGCCUAGUCUUCUGCUCGGUGAUCUUUGAGUCUCUUCAGAGCAACUUGAGACUGAGCUUUGUGUGGAAGAAGAGCCCCUGGUCAGGAGUGCAGCAGCUACUAUCAUUGCAAGUUCACUUCAGAUAUUCCUGCCUCUAAUCGAGGAAGCAAAUAUGUCACGGUUCCUAAGAAAUGAGGACAAUGAUGAGAACAUGCUAAAUAUGUCCCUUAGUCUAAGAGAAGGGGAAAGUGAUAGGAUGGCCAGAGUAACUAAGACACUCAGUCUAAGAGAAAGUGAAACAGAGGACAAGUUUGAGGAUGCCCACGAAAUUAUCCCUGUGGCAACAACGAUGAAUCUCCUCUCAUCCUUGGAAGAAUGUACAACUGGGUUGUACUUGUUUCUAAAUAACAGAUUCUCCGACGCCAUCAAUCUUAUUCACCCAUGGUCAAAAAACAGCCCUUACCACGCCCUGAUCUACAGCAUGCUUAUGAUUGUCAAGGCCAUCCUGACUUUCGAGCCACAGGACAUUCAGAUUGGAAUGAAUGCUGCAAAGGAGGCUUUGAAAACCUGCAACAAUUUCCGAAAAAAACCCAGGAUAAUGACUUUAUCUCGCCUCGUGAGUAGACAGGGAAUAAAGUCCAUCAAAGAGGAGGAACUACAUGCAGAAGUCUGUUAUGCUGAGUGUCUGAUCUUGAAGUCUGCCAUAACAUUUAUACAAGAUGACAGUUUGCUGAAUUUCCUUAAAAGUGGCAUCAGCGUUGGGUCAAGCUACCAAAUAUACAAAGACUGCCAGCAGGUCUUAGAACUUAUGCCGGAAAACCAAAGUAAAACCCACAGACACCUGGAUGGAGGGGUAAAGUUUGGACUUGGAGUGUUCAAUCUGAUGUUCUCACUUGUGCCACCUAGAUCACUUAAGCUUCUCAAUAUUGUCGGCUAUUCUGGCGAUAGAGAAGUCGGUCUGGCCCUGCUUCACGAGAGUGCAUCUGAACCUCACAUAAACAACAUCUUAAGUGUUUUCACUCUCCUCUUUUAUUACAAUUAUGUGCGUGUAGUUGUUGGUGUCGAAAAGGCUUCCACUUCUGCUACAGAGAGUCUCUUCCUAAUCUACCUGCAGAAAUUCCCCAAUUGUGUUGUACUUAAAUUUUUUCGUGCACGUUUUAACAUGCUAAAUGGAAAUUUUGAAACUGCACAGUUAAAGUUACAAGAGUGCAUUAUUACUCAGAAUGAAUGGAAGCAGGUUCAUCACCUCUGUUACUGGGAACUUAUGUGGUGCCAUAUUUUUCUGCAGAACUGGAAGCAGGCAUACAACUAUGCCAAUCUACUGGCUCAACACAGCAGGUGGUCUAAGGCAAUAUUCACGUACAGCAAGGCUAUAAUAAUGGCCUUGCUUCCUCCUAAUUCUGUGAACUCAGACAACGAGAGCAUGAGCACUGUCUUCUUACACGUGGAUAGCCUGAGAAUCAAGUUUUUAGGCUCCUCUGUGUCAAUAGAAAAGUUCAUUGCUGAGAAAAGCCAGCGCUAUGGCACUACAACAGGCUGGUUUACAGCACAGCCUCUCCUGGAAUUCAUGUAUGCCUGGAGUGGCUUCCGAGUCAUGAGCAAGAAAAUAGAGCUUAUUUCAAGUUGGCUCUCAAUAAUUGACAGAGGAAAAGACCUUUUGAAUGAAAACCCAAAUGAGGAGUAUGGCAUAGAUGACAUGAGCUUGUUAAAUCUGCUGAAAGGUCUCUGCCUGAAACACCUGGGCAAACAUUUGAAGGCUGAGCACUACUUUAUUCGUGUUAUUAGGAAGGAGAAAAUGUUAAAAUAUGACCGAUAUUUGGUGCCAUAUAGCUACUAUGAACUGGGAAUGCUCCAUUAUCUGAAAGGAGAUUAUGCCAAUGCAACAAAAAACCUAGACUACAUAAAGAACUAUAAAGACUAUUCCAUGGAAGCCCGGCUCCAGUUUAGGGCUCAUAUUGCCCUGGAGCAAAUAGCUAAAUUAGAAAAGUGAUUUUUGACCCAGUGUGCUUCUCUUUAGUAUGGGUAGAAUAUCUACAAUCAGUCAAGCAAUUAGUGGGUAGAAAAGCAAUUCCCUUGUGAAAAACAAAAGUCCAAGAGGUAGCUGCUAAGAAUCUGAUUAGUCAAUAAGAAAGAAAUACGACAUUUCUUUGCCCUCUCUCCUUCUCCUUCAUAAAAUGCAAUGCUUAAGACUGAAAACUGGAGUGACGCACAUUCUUGAA